GCUAGACUACCCCAUAGUGGAGCUCAGCCCAAGUUGUUCUGGUCAGCAUCGGGCGACGGCGCACCACUGACUGCCGCCGUUGCCUCGCUUCCUUCUACUGACGGUCGCGUCGGAAGAGAACACUUGCUCGAGCUGCUACAGUUGAUGCCGUCUACGGGGGUCCCUACUCAUUCUGUUACAUCAUCAAACAUGCUCGGGCCGUCGUCGUCGUUGUACAACAAGUCGCGCGCGAUGCACAGCCACAACACCCACCACGCGCAUCCAAGCGCGUUCUCCCACUCGAUUAGUGCCAGCUCGAUGGUACAUCUCGGCAGUAGUAGCAUCCACGCCUUGGCAGUGUCGGCAACCGCCCAAGCGAGUGCGGAUUUCAAGGGCGACUUUGAAAAGAUCGACCAGGGGUUAUCGUCCGAGGACGAAGACGUCCAGCACGAGGCAGCCAAGAAACUCCGCAACUUGCUUUCGAGCGAACGUGACCUGUUGAUUCGACAGAUGCUAGACAAGAAUUGGACUCCACGCUUGAUUAAGUGGUUGCGGCUGCGAGAGCGACCAACCCUGCAGGUGGAAGCGCUGUGGGCGCUGACAAACAUCGCUGCCGGGGCGACCGACAACACGUCUGUGUUGCUGCAAAACGGAGUCAUCCCGACCCUCGUUUCGCUGCUCGACUCCACCAACGAUGAGGUGUUGGAGCAAUCUGUGUGGGUUCUAGGAAACUUGGCGGGUGAAGGAUCCCAGACGAGGGACCUGGUCCUCUCGGCUGGCGCCCUCCCUCCGUUAAUCCACAACCUGCGCAAGACUCCACCGGAGAAGCUCUCGCUUCUUCGCAUCCUCACGUGGACGCUGAGCAACCUGUGCGACGGCCAGCCGCGACCAGUCUUCGACAUCAACGUGGUGUUGCCAUCGCUUUCGAAUAUGUUGUCGAGUGCCGACACAGAAGUCCUGAGCCAUGUGUGCUGGGCGUUUUCCCACCUGUGCGACGGCCCCAGCACACACAUUCAAGCGGUUGUCGACUCGGAAGUGUGCAUCCGCCUCGUGGAGCUCCUCGGCCACAACUCGUGGCGUGUCACCAAGCCUGCGCUCCGCGCCAUCGGCAACAUUGUUUGCGCUGAAGACGAUCACGACUACACCCAGCACAUCAUUGAAUGCGGGGCCGUGCCGUCGCUGCGCAAGCUCAUUGCGCACUCGAACCGUGAGAUCCAAAAAGAAGCGUGCUGGACGCUGUCGAACAUUGCGGCCGGGACGGUGGACCAGAUCCAGUGUGUGUUGGAUUCUGGUUGCAUUCCGUCGCUCAUGGGCCUGGCGUCGUCGGAUGCUACGGAUGCCGAAGUUCGCAGCGAGGCGUGCUGGGUCGUGCUCAACGCGACGUCAUGUGGGUCGGACAGUCAGAUUGAAUACCUUGUGAACGAAGGGUGCAUUCAGAUAUUAGGCAACCUCCUCGAGGAGUCGAGCAUGGUGAUGAUGGCACUGGAAGGAUUAGAACGGAUAUUGCAGGUGGGGGAGCUCGAAGCGAAGCGGACAGACUCCCCCAACCCGUACGCGAGCUUGAUGGCGUCGGCCAACAUAGAAACGCUGGUCUCGCACAAGUCGGCGACCGUCGCCAAGCGGGCAUCGCGCAUCUGGCAGCAGCACUUUGUCACGUGUGCCAUUUGCUCGGGCGCGUUUUCCAAGCACUCGAACGACACGUUCUUUUGCGCCGAGUGCAAGUGCAAUGUGUGCAAGAACUGCGACUGCACCGUGUUUCACUUGAAAUACCAGGAAAGCUUGUGGAAGGAAGAGACGGAAAAGGAAACGUCGGAGAUGAAGGCCAAGGCUGCGUCGAAGCGGAGUAAGCGACAAAAGAAGCGGCAACGAACCAAGGAACGCAAGGCUGCCAUGCGCCAGCAGCAGACAGGAAAGAACAAGACGACGCACUCUUCGUGCAGCUCGUCUGACGACGAAGAUGACGACGAAAGUGCCGACGAAUCGCCCCAGUCGCCGCCGCUGGUGGCGUCGAUGGCACAAUUGCGUGUGAGAUCCCGCCUCGACGACAUGGUCGAUGCCAACGAUAAGCUCGUGUCAUAUCUCCUCGAGACCGGGUCCAUUAUGGCGCUUGCGGAGCGCUUGGACCAAGAAGACGACAGCUUGUGGACUGUCGCCGAGGAGGACCGGCCGGCAAUCAUCCAAGCGUAACAAGGAAAAAGCUGUUUCUGCUUGUGUUUAAUUGGUUAUAAUUCAACGGAUUUGCGCUUUUCACCCAA